AUGUGUGGAAAGUUUGAUGAGGUUAAUAUUCCUGGAUGGAGAGGGUUUAUGGAAAAAUUGAAUACCCAGCGAACAUUCGAGCGGUCGAAAGUAUUGUAUCUGCUGUUGAAUUCACCACCUAGCAACUAUGAUACUAUUUAUACUGUUUUAUGUACAUUUGUAGAAGAAUCCAAAAAGCUAGGCAUCAAUACUACGUUCGUCACCUUUGAUCAACCCCUUUAUGUGAAAGUGAGAGAAAUAGUUGCGGCGAUGGGUAGAGAUUCACAAUUAGGUGAUGUAGUUCCUAGACUCGGAGAAUUCCAUCUUUUGAUGUCAUUUCUUGGAAGUAUUGAAUAUAUUAUGGCUGGUAGCGGCUUAAGAGAAUUGUUGAGUGUAAUAUAUGCUCCACUAUCGGCAGAGAAAAUGCUAGGACAUGCUUAUUCACGGGCAAUUAGAGGUCACUCAUUAGUUCAGUUGGCUCUGGCAAAAGUCAUUCUACAAGAAGUAGAUCUAGGUACCGCUGAGCGUGAAGCUAUCAAAGAUAUUUUGCAUAACUCCAAUCAUAACCCUCCAACGUUCUUAUCAAUUACAACAGACCCUGUUAUCAAUCAUGUCCGAGAGAAAAUCUCGUUACAGUUGCAGAGGGUAGAAGGCAGAGGUCCUACAGCGAAACUAUGGAUCCAAUAUUUCCACAUGGUGACACUGGUGAAGCAGUUCAUACAAUGUGAGAGAGGAGGUGAUUGGACAACCCAUUUGCAGGUCAUACAAUAUAUGCUGCCAUUUUUUCAUGCAAGUGGCCACAUCCUUUACGCUUAA